AGCAGCCAAAACAUAAUGCGAGUUCGCGGGGGUUAAUAGCACUGCCGCAGUGUGUCGAGGUCACGAAGCUCGCUGCGUGAAGAUGUUGUGAAGGGUCUACGUGAUCGGUCCGUUCUGAAAUAGUAAAUUUUCCACAAGGAAUUUCUCGCAGGUGGAGGAAGGACGCACCAUGGCAGUGCCAGCGGCAGAGGCCGACCUGGACCAAAUAAUGGCGGUGACUGCCGCCGACCGGGAGCGGGCGGCCGCGCUGCUGGCUGCUGCUGGUGGCAGUGUGCAGCGCGCCAUCAACAUCCACUUCGAGGCGGAGCGCGUGCCCGAGCCGGCUGCCAACGGCGCCGACGCCUCGCCGGCGUCGCCUGCCGCCGGCGACGCGGGCGAUGAGGUGCGCGCGCCGAUCCCGCCGCGCGCCGAGGUGCUGCUGGAGCCGGCGCACAGCGCCGCCAACUACGCGCUCCCGGCGCGCCGCAGCCGCCUGCGUCAGCGAGACUCGGUGUUUGACAAGUUCCGCGACUUCAGCGCAGAAAUCCGGCUGCAGGAGCGGCAGCUGGGGCUGGCGGCAGCCGGGCCCAGCCGCCGGCCUGUGCGCGACAAGCUGCAGACGCUCGAGGAGAUCUUUCGGCCGCCGCUGGAGCUCAUCUUCCGCGGCACGUUCCAGGCGGCGCGCGAUCAGGGCGUGGCCGACCGCAAGUGGCUGAUGGUCAACGUGCAGAACACGGAGGAGUUCGCCUGCCAGGUGCUCAACCGCGACGUCUGGUCAUCGCACAAGGUGCGCGACAUCGUGCGCGCCAACUUUGUAUUCUGGCAGGUGUACCACGAGAGCAGCGAAGGGCUUAAGUACAAGACGUUCUACCCGGUGUCCAGCUGGCCGUACGUGGCCAUCCUGGACCCGCGCACCGGUGAGCUGCUGCGCACCUGGGGAAAGCUCGACAAGAACGCCGCCAUCGAGUUGCUUAUCGACUUCCUGGAGGCGCACAAGUUCAGCGAAGACGCACCGCCCACUCCUAAGCGGCCGCGGCAGGCGAGCGUGCUGGAACUGGAUGAGGAGGCGCAGCUGAGGCUGGCCAUUGAAAAGUCGCUGCGGCCGGAGCCAGCGCGCCGCCGCCGCCUGCUCGUCGCUGAUUCAGACUCGGACGGCGAGGACGACGACUUCUGGGCCGAGAGUCCAGCGCUGUCGUCCAUCGCCUCCACGCCGCUCUCGCCCGGCGGACGCAGCGAGCGUGUCUCGCCCGUGCCGCCGCCGCCGCGACAGAAGCUCGAGCCGCCCGCACCGGACACGAACGGCGCCGACUCGGUGGACUUAGUGCCGGACAACGAUGCGGGAAAGACUGGCGACGACUGCGCUCGACGGCCGCCGCCGCUAACGGCGGCAUCGGCCCGUCCACCGACGCCGAACGGAUCGGAGUGCGGCGACGGCGGGGCGACGCCGGCCUGGACGCUGGCGCUACGCCUGCCGGACGGGACCCGCGUGCAGCUGCAGCUACCGGCCUCGGCGCGGCUACGCUGCGUCACGGAGCACGUGCAGCAGCUGGGCUAUCCGGCCGCCGAGCACGUGCUGCUCGCCACGUUCCCACGGCGCGUGCUGUCAGCACCCGAGCGGGCCGAACAGACACUGCGGGAGGCCGGCCUCCACUCGCACGAUACGGUGUUCGUGCAGAGCCGGUAGGGGUGCCGCGGCUCACGAGUGUUUUGGAAGACUGCAGGGCACGCGACCGACCUCUUAUUUACGUCCACUGCCGAUUAUUCCUGAUGUGUGCGCACAGCUGCGCUUCUUACCCGUUUUCUUAAGCUAAGUGCAUGGCAAUAAAUGUGUGUAGUUUUUA